UGUCGUGAAGGUGGUGGGUGUGCUUUGGUCAGUCUCGCAGAACUCGCGUGAUUGAACUUUAGGUUGUUGUUGACUCGUGUUGGGUUGUCUCAGCAAACUAACUUUAGGCACAACAGUUUAAAACAUGACUGACAGACCGUAUUUACCUUGCUGUUGCCUUAAAUUAACAUCAUCCAAAUAUUGUGAAGAUUAACAGAGAACAGCCGAUGAUGUGGAUACGAAGUGAAAGUUAACGGGGUCUGUGUAUGUAGUGUAUUGAGGAGGUUGGAUCGGCCACCCUCUUCAGUCAAAUCUUAAACAUUGGCGUCAAGGAGAGAUCAACUGGGACACUGCCAGCAGCUGACACGGGACCAUUGCUUCUGAGUAACAGGGAUGAUGCAGGCCAGCAGAUCCACAGAACCAAAUAAUCCCUCUCAGGAACAUUCCAGAGCAGUCACCGCUCCGAAAGCACAGGAUGAAGAGGAGGAGGUCGUUCAGACCUCCAGCUGGACAGCUGGACCGUAUGCCAGUAAACCUCCAUCUGGUACAGAACCUCCAGGUCCAUCAUCCACUCCUCCAGGCCCCAGUCAGGCCUCAUCAUCCAGGCCGAGGUUCGGAGGGGGCUCAGAGAGCAGGGAAAAGCUCAAGUUCAUUCUGGGGGCCUCCGAGGAAUACUCUUCGGAUGAUGAACCUCUUAUUAUGCUUCAGCCUCCAGCAGCUAGGCCUAGCUCCAACAAGGUUCCGCAAGUGCCAUCCUUAUCCACUAGUUCUGAAAGACCAUCGCAGCCUUUGCCAAGACCAGCCGCUACUCCCUCCUCAAGCAGCAUGAGGCCUAGUAUGUCAGGCACCCACCUGGUGAAGAAGGGACGAGAGCAUCGCAAAAUGGACUUACAGAGAGACUUCACUGUGGCCUCCCCGGCCGAAUUCGUCACGCGAUUUGGGGGGAACCGGGUCAUAGACAAGGUGCUCAUCGCCAACAAUGGCAUAGCAGCGGUGAAAUGUAUGCGAUCCAUCCGCCGCUGGUCGUACGACAUGUUCCGCAACGAGAGAACCAUCCGCUUCGUGGUGAUGGUCACCCCAGAGGACCUCAAAGCAAACGCAGAAUACAUAAAGAUGGCAGACCACUACGUGCCAGUCCCAGGGGGCCCCAAUAACAACAACUACGCCAAUGUGGAGCUGAUUGUGGAUAUCGCUAAGAGAAUUCCAGUGCAGGCGGUGUGGGCGGGGUGGGGCCAUGCAUCAGAGAACCCCAAACUCCCAGAGCUGCUGCACAAGGCUGGGAUCAUCUUCUUAGGUCCUUCCAGUAAGGCCAUGUGGGCUUUGGGGGAUAAGGUGGCCUCCUCCAUUGUGGCCCAGAGUGCGGACAUCCCCAUUCUCCCCUGGAGCGGCUCAGGCGUGCUGGUGGAGUGGGCAGAGGAGGACCAAAGUUUGGGCCGUGUCAUCAGUGUUCCUCCAGACCUGUACGCUAAAGGGUGUGUGAGGGACGUGGACGAGGGGAUGGCGAGUGCAGAGAAGAUUGGCUACCCCAUCGUGAUCAAGGCGUCAGAGGGAGGAGGUGGAAAGGGCAUCAGGAAAGUGGAGUGUGCUGACGACUUCCCCAACUUCUUCAGACAGGUCCAAGCGGAGGUGCCAGGCUCGCCCAUCUUCAUCAUGCAGCUGGCACAGCACGCGCGCCACCUGGAGGUGCAGAUCCUGGCUGACCAGUACGGCAACGCCAUCUCCCUGUUUGGCAGAGACUGCUCCAUCCAGAGGAGGCACCAGAAGAUCAUAGAGGAGGCGCCAGCCACCAUCGCGGCAUCAGCCACAUUCGAAUACAUGGAGCGGUGCGCCGUUCGUCUGGCGAAGAUGGUGGGCUACGUGAGCGCGGGCACCGUGGAGUACCUCUUCUCCGAAGACGGCAACUUCCACUUCCUGGAGCUGAACCCUCGUCUGCAGGUGGAGCACCCCUGCACUGAGAUGAUCGCAGACGUCAACCUGCCCGCCGCUCAGCUACAGAUUGGCAUGGGCAUCCCAUUGCACAGGAUCAAAGAGAUCCGUGUGCUUUACGGUGAGUGUCCCUGGGGGGACUCCGUGAUCAACUUUGAGGCCCCAGAGUGCGUUCCGUCCGCCAGGGGCCACGUCAUCGCCGCGCGCAUCACCAGUGAGAACCCAGACGAGGGGUUCAAGCCCAGCUCGGGCACUGUGCAGGAGCUGAACUUCAGGAGCAGUAAGAACGUGUGGGGCUACUUCAGCGUCGGAGCUGCAGGCGGUCUGCAUGAGUUUGCCGACUCUCAGUUUGGCCACUGCUUCUCCUGGGGGGAGAACCGUGAGGAGGCAAUUUCGAACAUGGUGGUGGCCAUGAAAGAGCUGUCCAUACGUGGAGACUUCCGGACCACUGUGGAGUACCUCAUCAAGCUGCUGGAGACGGAGAGCUUCAGGAAUAAUGAAAUCGACACUGGCUGGCUAGACUACCUCAUUGCAGAGAAAGUGCAAGCCGAGAGGCCGGACACCAUGUUGGGAGUUGUCUGUGGCUCCUUGCAUGUGGCAGAUGCUUGUUUCAGGAAGAGCAUGGCCGACUUCCUUCACUCCCUUGAAAGGGGCCAAGUUCUUCCUGCUGCUAGUCUCCUGAACUUUGUUGAGGUUGACCUCAUCUACGAUGGAGUGAAAUACUACCUUAAGGUGGCACGCCAGUCCCCUACCACCUAUGUCAUCGUCAUGAACUGCUCUGACAUUGAGAUCGAUGUCCACCGGCUGAGUGACGGAGGUCUGUUGCUGUCCUACAACGGCAGCAGUCACACCACCUACAUGAAGGAGGAGGUGGACAGGUAUCGCAUUACUGUUGGAAACAAGACGUGUGUGUUUGAGAAGGAGAAAGAUCCCACGGUGCUCAGAUCGCCCUCUGCAGGCAAGCUGCUGCAGUACAUGGUGGAGGACGGGGGUCAUAUCUGUGCAGGUCACCCUUACGCUGAGAUAGAGGUGAUGAAGAUGGUCAUGAGCCUGACCGUGGAGGAGUCGGGCUGUGUGCACUUUGUGAAGAGGCCCGGGGCAGUGCUGGAACCGGGCUGCAUGGUGGCACGCCUGGAGCUGGACGACCCUAGCAGCAUCCACCCGGUGGAGCUGAACACUGCGUCCCUGCCGCCCCAGGAGCCUCUGCCCAUCGUGGGGGAGAAGCUCCAUCAGGUGUUCCACAGCGUGCUGGAGAACCUGGUCAAGAUCAUGGAUGGCUUCUGCCUCCCGGAACCCUACUUCAGUAUUAAGAUGAAGAAGUGGGUGGGCAGCCUGAUGAAGACCCUGCGUGACCCCUCGUUGCCCCUGCUGGAGCUGCAGGAGAUCAUGACCAGCGUGUCGGGCCGCGUGCCCGUCACCGUGGAGAAGGCCAUCCGCAAAGUCAUGGCGCAGUAUGCCAGCAACAUCACCUCCGUCCUCUGCCAGUUUCCCGGCCAGAGGAUUGCAAACAUACUUGACAGCCAUGCUGCCACCCUGCAGAGGAAGGCUGACCGUGAGGUCUUCUUCAUGAAUACCCAGAGCAUCGUACAGCUGGUACAGAGGUAUCGCAGUGGUAUCAGAGGCUACAUGAAAUCUGUGGUGUUAGACUUGCUGAAGAGAUACCUGCAAGUGGAGGUGCAGUUUCAGCAAGCUCAUUAUGAUAAGUGUGUGAUUAACCUGAGGGAGCAGUACAAGCCAGACAUGGCCCCUGUGCUGCAGUUCAUCUUCUCCCACGCCCAGGUCUCCAAGAAGAACAUCCUGGUCACCAUGCUCAUUGACCAGCUGUGCGGGAGGGACCCCACUCUCGCUGAUGAGCUGAUGACCAUUCUGAAUGAGCUCACCCAACUCAGCAAGAUGGAGAACUCCAAGGUGGCCCUGCGCGCCAGACAGAAACAGGUGCUGAUCGCCUCACACCUGCCCUCCUAUGAGCUCAGGCACAACCAAGUGGAGUCCAUCUUCCUGUCGGCCAUUGAUAUGUACGGCCAUCAGUUCUGCCCGGAAAACCUCAAGAAACUAAUCCUUUCCGAGACCUCCAUCUUUGAUGUGUUGCCCGAUUUCUUUUACCACUCGAACCGUGUGGUGUGCAUGGCCGCACUUGAGGUGUAUGUGCGACGGGGAUACAUUGCUUAUGAGCUCAACAGCCUCCAGCACCACCAGCUGCAGGAUGGGACGUGUGUCGUUGAUUUUCAGUUCAUGUUGCCUACCUCCCACCCCAACAGCUUGUCCCAGCCCAUAGAGACACCAGGCCGACUAGGAGAGCCUCACGCCAGAGUGACUAAUUCCAUGGCGAAAAACAAAGGCAGCAGCCCUACACUGAACAGGUUGUCGGUGCCAGUGAGUGGCUCUUCAGGGGGGCAGCUGGAGAUGAGGCGGCAGAGCAGCGAGCUCUUCCUGGAGGGGGCCUUCUCCCCCCCGUGCCAGAGGAUGGGCGUCAUGGUGGCCUUCCAGUGCUUUGACGACUUCAAGAGGAACUUUGAUGAAGUGAUUGCUUGUUUCGCUGAGCCGUUUCUGGACAGCCCUCUGUUCUCGGAGGCCUCCACCGCCAGCCUGUAUGAGGAGGAGAGCACCAGGAAUAUGAGGGAGAAUCCCAUCCACAUUAUUAAUGUGUCCAUCAAGUCGGCUGACACAGAGGAUGACGACACUCUGGUCACUGAAUUCACCACCUUUGCCCAGUCUAAGAAAUCACUCCUGUACGAUUACGGCAUCAGAAGAAUUACAUUUUUAGUUGCUCAAAGGCGGGAAUUCCCCAAGUUCUUCACCUUCAGAGCCAGAGAUGAGUUCCAGGAGGACCGCAUCUACAGGAACCUGGAACCAGCACUGGCCUUCCAGCUGGAGCUCAACCGCAUGCGCAACUUUGACUUGAACGCUGUGCCCUGCGCCAACCACAAGAUGCACCUGUACCGGGGCGCCGCCCGCGUCGAGCAGGGAGCAGAGGUCACCGACUACCGCUUCUUCAUCCGGGCCAUCAUCCGCCACUCUGACCUAAUCACCAAGGAGGCCUCCUUUGAGUACCUCCAGAAUGAAGGGGAGCGGCUGCUGCUGGAGGCUAUGGAUGAGCUGGAGGUGGCCUUCAGCAACACCACCGUCCGCACCGACUGCAACCACAUCUUCCUCAACUUUGUCCCCACAGUCAUCAUGGACCCCUCCAAGAUUGAGGAGUCUGUGCGCACCAUGGUGAUGCGUUAUGGCAGCCGGCUUUGGAAGCUGCGUGUCCUGCAGGCAGAGGUGAAGAUCAACAUCCGGUUGACCGCCACUGGGAGCGCUGUCCCCGUCCGUCUCUUCCUCACUAACGAGUCGGGCUACUACCUGGACAUCAGCCUCUACAAGGAGGUCACUGACCCCAGCUCUGGACAGAUCAUGUUCCAAUCGUAUGGGGAUAAGCAGGGUCUCCUGCAUGGCAUGCUCAUCAGCACACCGUAUGUGACCAAAGACCUGCUGCAGGCCAAACGCUUCCAGGCCCAGACCCUGGGUACCACCUAUGUGUACGACUUCCCCGAGAUGUUCAGACAGGCUCUGUUUAAGCUGUGGGGCCCUGGUGACCGCUACCCUAAAGAUGUGCUCUCGUGUACCGAGCUGGUGCUGGACGCUCAGGGCAGACUGGUGCAGAUGAACCGACUCCCAGGAGACAACGAGAGUGGCAUGGUUGCAUUCCGUAUGCGCAUGAAGACUCCUGAAUACCCGGAGGGCCGUGACCUCAUCGUCAUCUGUAAUGACAUCACCUACAUGAUCGGCUCGUUCGGGCCUCAGGAGGACCAGCUGUUCCUGCAGGCGUCGGAGUUGGCCCGCACCGAGGGCAUCCCCCGCAUCUACAUCUCGGCCAACAGCGGCGCGCGCAUUGGCCUGGCCGAGGAUAUCCGCCACAUGUUCCAGGUGGCGUGGAUAGACCCUGCUGACCCCUAUAAGGGCUUUAAGUACCUGUACCUGACGCCUCAGGACUACACACGCAUCAGCUCCACCAACUCCGUGCACUGUCACCACGUGGAGGAAGAAGGGGAGUCCAGGUACAUCAUCACAGACAUCAUCGGGAUGGAGGAGGGUCUAGGCGUGGAGAACCUGCGGGGCUCGGGCACCAUCGCCGGGGAGUCCUCUCUGGCUUACCAGGAGAUCAUCACCAUCAGCAUGGUGACCUGCCGUGCCAUAGGCAUUGGGGCGUACCUGGUGCGGCUGGGCCAGAGGGUGAUCCAGGUGGAGAACUCUCACAUCAUCCUGACUGGAGCAGGAGCGCUCAACAAGGUGCUGGGGCGUGAAGUGUACACAUCCAACAACCAGCUUGGUGGCAUCCAGAUAAUGCACAACAACGGCGUCACACACACCACGGUACCAGACGACUUCGAGGGAGUCUUCACCAUCCUGCAGUGGCUGUCUUACAUGCCAAAGAACAAGACCGCGAUGCCCCCAGUGCUGCCCCCUUCUGACCCGGUGGAGAGAGAGAUUGAGUUUGUCCCCACCAAAGCCCCCUAUGAUCCACGCUGGCUGCUGUGCGGCCGACCUCAUCCCACCCAAAAGGGAGCGUGGGAGAGUGGCUUCUUUGACUACGGUUCCUUCAUGGAGAUCAUGGGCUCCUGGGCGCAGACGGUGGUGGUGGGCAGAGCCAGGUUGGGAGGAAUUCCUCUGGGAGUGAUCGCUGUGGAAACCAGGACGGUUGAGCUAGCCAUCCCAGCAGAUCCGGCCAAUCUGAACUCUGAAGCUAAAGUCAUCCAACAGGCAGGGCAGGUGUGGUUCCCAGACUCGGCCUUUAAAACGGCGCAGGCCAUCCAGGAUUUCAACCGUGAGCGUCUGCCUCUCAUGGUCUUCGCCAACUGGAGAGGCUUCUCUGGGGGCAUGAAAGACAUGUAUGACCAGGUGCUGAAGUUUGGGGCCUACAUAGUGGACGCCCUGCGGGAGUUCCGGCAGCCCGUGCUGGUCUACAUCCCGCCCCACGCGGAGCUGAGAGGAGGCUCAUGGGUCGUCAUCGACCCCACCAUCAACCCACUCUUCAUGGAGCUCUACGCAGACAGGGAGAGCAGGGGUGGUGUGUUGGAGGCGGAGGGCACAGUGGAGAUCAAGUUCCGCAAGAAAGACCUGGUGAAGACCAUGCGCCGGACUGACCGUCCCUAUGCCGAUCUGGCCGAUCAGCUGGGGUCACCGGAGUUGUCUGGCGCUGAGCGGAGAGAUGUGGAGGCGAGGCUCAGGGCGCGGGAGGAGUUCCUUCUGCCCAUAUACCACCAGGUGGCAGUGCAGUUCGCCGACCUCCACGACACCCCGGGCAGAAUGCAGGAGAAGGGUGUCAUCACGGACAUUCUGGACUGGAAGAGCGCCCGCUCCUUCUUCUACUGGCGCCUGAGACGCCUCCUGCUGGAGGAGGUGGCCAAGGCGGAGGUCCUGCAGGCCAACCGCGACCUCAGCGACGGCCAUGUCCAGUCCAUGCUGCGCCGCUGGUUUGUGGAGACGGAGGGCACCGUCAAGGCGUACCUGUGGGAUAACAACCAAGCGGUGGUGGAGUGGCUGGAGAAGCACCUGGCCAAGGAGGACGGCACACGCUCGGCCAUCAGGGAGAAUAUCAAAUACUUGAAGAGGGAUUACGCCCUCAAACACAUCCGCAGCCUUGUUCAGGACAACCCCGAGGUGGCCAUGGAUUGCAUCAUCCACAUGAGCCAGCACAUCACUCCCACACAGAGGGCCAAAAUCUCCCAUCUGCUGGCCACUAUGGACAACCCCAGCCCCAGCCCCAGCUAGACAUGGCCCCAGCCCCAGCUAGGCUCUGGGGGAGGCUGCACAGACAUGCGCCCCCCCCCCCCCCCCCUUAUGAAGCCUCCAGAAGCUAGGAGCUAGGAGGUAGGACUUAUCUGCUGGCCACAGUGGAGCUAAUAAAUGCCAAACGGUUGUAUAAACGCACAACGGUUCUCUCAGGAUCAUGGUAGUUUGUGUUGUGUUGGUAAUUCAGUUGUGGUAUGUUACCGCAGGUGAUUUUAUUUUGACAAUAGGGAUGAGGUGAGUCCCUCAUGAAAGCUACUGUAAUGACGCCCAGACACACUUGCCAUUUUCAGGCCACAGCAUUCAACAGUAUUGGUCACCGAGUUGCCUUAACAGACAUCAACAGCUGAUUUCUACCUUGGAUUUUCUCUUUACUUUGUACACCACGUAGGGCAUAUGACAAAGGGGAAGUAAGCCUUUCUCUCUGACACUACGGUUUUAAUCUGCGCUGAUGGUGGGCUUUUCCAGUAUUUCUUUGUAUACUGCUGAAUGUACUGUAUUUGUACUGUAUUGUAUAUUCGAUAUCACAACUGAUGAAAUAAGCUAAAUUACAAAGUGCUUCAAGAGUCACCCUACAAACCCAAGCCUCAGUUUAAUCAUGCAUGUGUAACUUGCCACUUGAUUUGUGUGGAUUUUUCAAAAGGUAUUUUUAGGUGUACCAAAAAUGAAUUAUUUUCUUUUGUGCCUUUGACUGUUUUUACCAAAGAUGUUGAACUUUAGUGCCUCCACCACGGCUGUUUAAGGGAAUUCACGGAUGAAUGAACCACACAGGUGUAAGGAAUGAUUGUUAUAGCACAAGUGCUAUGCUCUCUUCAAAAUGAAUUGGGUUAGUUUGUACUUAGGAUUUGGAUUUGAAUGUAUGUGUAUUUGAAGAAAAAACAUAGUGAAAUGUUAUUUUUUUUAUACUAUGUUGUCAACAUUUCCUGCUCAAUAUGUUUCACUUUGAAUGCAAUGUUAUGGAUAUUUUUGACUGUACUGUCCUUGUACCAUACACAGCCACAAAAAUGCAAGUGCUGUAUGACGAUACUCGUUGGGACAUUGGCAAAUCCAAAUCCUUUUCACUGUUGUCCUGUCUGUGCCACUGUACUGAAAAGACCACUUGAAAUGUUCUAGUGGGCCUAAUAAAUGUGUUUUACGCGAGACCUCAGAAACAAGACCUCGUGGA